CCUUCAAGCUCACUUCAAGUAUAUUCGACCUCCGGCCAUGACUCUACUCACCGCUCUCAGACGUUUCAAGACUGCCCUACGAUUAAAGAAGAGAAAGACCAUCGCUAUGGCUGAAGCGAAGCCUCAGCAGCCGAAGGCCAAACUUGCGCCGGGAGUGUCCCCGCCUUCCCAGCAGGACGAAGUCGUCGCUGAAGAGGCGAAAUCCGAGCCGGCCCCUUUCGUGCGGCUGGCAACCAUGAAGACUAUGGAGACGCACUAUAUCGACUUUCUCGCUGAGGCCACGCAUCACCCUCAAGUGCUCUCAAUCAAGGCCGAUCUCAAGCUCGAGGCGGCUCCCAAAGUCUACCGGGAGACGCGUGUGGCCUGUGUCCUCAUCGGCGCUAUCCGAUUGGAGCAAGUCGUCGCACAGACUGAGCUCAAGCACGAGUUUGAAGGCGAAGUCCUCACAAGCGCACCUACACCAGCACCUCUCCUCGAAUUCUGUCGUAUCGAAGAUGUAGCUGUCGAUAUUGCGCCUAAUACCGAUCUUUCCUUCUCGACUAUCUCACUUCCAGAAUCCUUCUCUAUUGUCCCGGCCAAUAUUGACACUAACGACUUUCCCCUUCCGCCUACUCUGGAGCUUGCCGCCCCUGUGCGCUCAAAGCGCAGUCUCAACAUCUACGACUUCGUCGAGGAUGGAUACAUCGGCUCGGGUGCAUGGGGUGCAGUCCAUCUUGCGCGCCAUCGCAAGACUGGUUUGCAGGUCGCAAUCAAGUCUAUCCAGAAAGCGAAGGUCAUCAGCACCGAGAUCCAGGUCUUGCGCGAGCAGGACACGCUGCGCGCGAGUGCGCAGCGCUUUUGCCACGGAGGUAAUUUCGAAGACUUCCUCGAGAGCAUGGGAUGCCCACCCGAGCCUCUCCUGAAGUUCUUCGCUGCACAGCUUUUGCUCUGCCUUGAAAGCAUCCACGCUCGCGGAGUCGUGCACCGCGAUCUGAAGCCCGCCAAUCUUUUCCUCAACAAGAACUGCCACCUCGUCGUCGGCGAUUUUGGCCUCGCUACGUUCGCUUCCGACGAGGAGGCGUGCAGGCAGUUUUGUGGAACCAUAGAAUACGUCGCGCGCGAGAUCUGGCGCGGCGACGCUUUCUCGUUCGCGUCCGACGUCUGGGCGUACGGUGCCGUUUUGUUCGAGAUGGCGGUUGGUCGUCGACUGUUCGAUCCGGAUCAGUUUACCUCGGUUCAGCAGCUACAAGUCUUCAUGGCGAGCACCUGUCUCGAGGACUGGAUUGGCGAAGACGAGAUGUCUGAGGACUUGUACACGUUCUUGUCCUCGAUUUUCGAAGCUGACGAGGCCACCCGCCCCACUCUUACAACUCUGAAGAAUCACGCUUUCUUCGCUGACAUGUGGGCACGAAGACUGUACAUCCAUAUAUUCGUAUUGACACGCUAUUGCAGCGACUGGGUUGCACUUGCUGCUGGCAAGCUGCUUUGUCCUGGUUUGAUGUCCACCGACGACGAAGACGAAGAGCUCAUUCCCGUUGAGGAUGACUGCCCCUACAGCGACGGUAUUGACAUGUGGGGCGACGAAGAUCCCUUCCCUGGAUUCAGCUUCGUCUCUGACGUUCUUGCAUUCUCUCCUAUCCCUGCUGCCGCUCAUUCAUCCGCUCCCGAAGCCAAUCGCGACCCUCCUUCCUCUCUGAUUGAAAACUACUCAACCGCACCUUCUUCUCCGUCUCCAACUGAGUCUACAGAUUCUGAAUCUGGCAAUAAUACCUCUUAUGACUCAGACAUUCUCCGUACUCCCUCUCCCGAGGACGACAUUGCUGCUAUCAUCGUCUCCUGCACUCGCACCUUCGAGGAUAUACCACUUGGCUCACCCACGUCUCCACCAUUCCCAUGCACCGUCGCCGACAACUUUCUCAUCGACAAGCCUUUUGCCACUGAUAUCCCAGGGACCUCUCGCACAGCUUCUGGCGAGGACGGCCACGGCGACUGGGAUUUUCCUAGCUGCGACAACGCUACUCGCAAGCGCCGCAGUCUUCUUGACCGUCUCAAGGAGAAGUUCACGCCCCAUCGCCGCUCUCUCUGACGCCCCUGCCGUUCCGUCGCAUGCUUCUUACUGCCUAACCACUCGCACCUCGGCUCAUUGCAUUUUCGCUUUCUCGGUCUACUACGCGGUCCUGGAUCUCUUGUCUCGCUCGCAUUGUUCUCAGCAUACUAGCAAGUCCUUUACUCUAGAAAAGCCUGGAGAGUUUUCUCCUAUAUACUAGCAUCUUUUCCUGUUCCUCCUUUUCUUCGCGUUCAUUCUUACUCGUAUAUAUGAACUUCAUUUUACAUUUCAAUGCGCUCAACCUUGCGGCAUUUGAGUUAGAUCAAUCGAUCAGUUCGAAUUCGAUGUCGAUGCUACCCUUCUCUUACCCGUUCAUCGAUACAUUCACGAUCACAGACGCUGUGCAUCUCAGGCUGCGCUUCUGGGCGGGGGCUUGAAGAGACUGUCGCGUAUUGUUCAGACAAGUGUGCGUGCCAGACGUAGGUAAGAGUUAAAAC